GUAUAUAUACUCUACACUUUCAUUUAUUUUAAUUGUCCUGCUGGAUUUUAUAGCCGCCAUAUUGCUAGGUCAUAUUUCAAUUUAGACGUAUACAGGUGGUUGUCGAAGAUCAAGACGAAAGACGAUCUGUCAGAAUCAUAAAUUUACUUCAUCAAGUAAAUAAGAUAUGUGACGUGUCAAAGAUCAAUUAGGAACUCGAGUGGGAUGUCAUUCACUAAAACAGGCGUGCAUCAUUUUAUUGAAGUCUCGAUUAAGGUUCUCAGCUUUUAAUCUUGGAAAUAAGAACGAUCCUAACCUCCUAAGAUUGCAAUUUAACAUGGGGAACAUGUGCAAUGACUGUAUGGCCAGAGUGCCUUAUGCGACUCUUAUAGCGACUAUUAUGUGUUGCUUGGGAGUUGGCAUAUUCUGUGGCACCAUGUACAGAGGGGUUACAAUAUGUUCUCUUAUGAUGGAUCAGGUAUUUCAUUUAAGACUUGGCUGGUUGGAAGCCUUACAAUUGGUUCUUGCUAUUAUCGGAGCUAGCAUGGCUGCUUUAGGCUUUAUGAUUUUAUGUGUUGGUUGUCUAGCAACAGGAGCAACCAGACAUAAAGUAUAUAGAGCAUGGCGAUCUAGAGUAGGAGGUCGUAUUUCUUGUGCUGUUUUCAUGACAAUAACGUACGUAUCGCAAUUGAUUUGGCUUGUAAUAUUCGCAAUUUUAGUUAUAAUCACCCUGCUGUUUACUAUAUUUUGGGGAUUGUGCAGUAAUCCUCGUGUUCAAUCUCUUGAUCAAUGCAUCGAUUUUACUCAAUUUAGUUUUGUAUUCCCAAAUAAUACAAGAGUGGAAGACAUGAAAGUAUGCGGAUCUCAAGAAGUGAAACUCUUUUGUAAAGAUUUUGUACAAAAUGCAGAAGUUAUGUUUAUUUUAGCAACGGUUGCUGCUAUUUUGGCUAUUCUAAGUUUAACGCAUUACCUUAUGUGUUUAUCUGCUAAUUACGCACACAUUCGUGACCAUGAAAAAUUCCAAGAAUUACAAGAACUUCAAUAUCUUCAAGAUCCUGGCGAUCCAGACUCUCCGCAACCUGGAAUGGGAACUUUGAGCUCUCAUCACCAUGCUAAAGAUAGAUUCUAGGAUACAGCCCGCGAGAUCUUUGCUAUGAAUCCAUUA